UUUGACCAGCCAAGCUUCAAAGAAGAUGCCUCCGCGUACACGGCCAGUGGGAUGCCCAGAGCAUAAGAAAAGAGCCUUGCGCGACACGCGACCAUUGCCUCUUCUUCCUCCCUACCCUUUGCUCUCCCCUCCCCUCCCUCACCACCUCCCUCUCUCUCUCUCUCUCUGUUGGAGAUCAGAACAUAACCGGAGCCAUCCGAGGAGGCCUUUGCUCUCCCUCCCCUCCCUCACCACUUUCGUUUUCCCUCCUGUUUUCUUCUUUCUGCGGAAGCGAUGGCCUCACCAUCGGCCAGCACGGGGAGCUUGGACCCUCGAGCGAGCUCCUUGUCAUCCCUCCUCGCCUCCGCACUGGAGGACGACCCUCGCCGUGGGUCCGGCGUUCCCAAGUUCAAGUCCAUCGCCCCGCCCUCCCUGCCGCUUAGCGCCCUCCCCUUGAGCCCCUCUGCUUUCCCCACCAUGCCGCCUGGUCUCAGCCCUGCCGAUUUCUUGGACUCCAAGGUAUCUCCUCCUCUCUCUCUCUCCCCCGCAGCAAGUCCCCCGACAGUUACCAGCAGAUCCCUAAAGGGGAAGACGCAAAUUACUCUACCUUCACUUUCCAGACCAACGCCAAGCAGCAGUCUCAGGCUCAGUCCAUGCGAGAGCAGAGGAAAUCUGACGAUGGCUACAAUUGGAGGAAAUACGGCCAGAAGCAGGUGAAGGGGAGCGAAAACCC